GAAGCAGCCCAGCAAUCGGCUCGUCCACGUCCGUCUUCUUCGUGCGACGGCCUCUCGGCGACGUCGCCGUUCCUGUCGUCAAGCCAGCCGUCGCACCCUUCGCAGACGUCGUGUGCUCGUCGUCGUCGUCGUCAUCGUCCCCUAUUCCUCACUCCGCGUCCAGUCCUUCUCGCGUCUUCCUUCGCCCUUCGUCGGCUAUUUCCCUUCACAAUCGCACCGAUAUUUCCCCUCCUCGUCGCGUCGAUCCGCAUCUCUCGACGCCCUCUGCCGCCUCCGGCUGCGUCGGCGAGCUCACGGAUUCUCGCAUGUCGCACAACGGCGUCGCACAGCGCAAUGCAGUCGCACAGCGAUUCGCCUCCACGUCUGACGCGCGAACGGAGUCGCUCGCAGCCGAGGCGCUGUACCUCGCUCAGACGGCCGCGCUCGUCGCGAAAGAAGCCGCGCAGCUCGCGACUAUAGAGAGGGCCAUGCUGCGCCAGGUGACAACAUCGAAAGAUUCCUCUAAGACGACGGUCGAGAGCAGCUGGCGUGAUUGUAUCGAGGUGGGGGAGGAGCUAGGACAGGAGGAGCUACGAAGCGUGUGGAUGGCUGCAGGCGCUCCGGUUCCUCUCCUGAAUCCGCUGGAAACUUCCAGGAACACGCAGUUGGAUAGCGCUACCAGGAGCUUCCUACCGGCUCGCAGCGCUUUAAUAGGCGACUUGACAAGCGUUGACUUGCUACAGCAGGCGCGUGGGUUCUGGUGGGAUGAGGAGGUAGGGGAGGCGAGUCCACGUGGCAGCACCAGAUUGGCCCGUUCAGCGUCUGUAGCUCCUGAGAGGACGAGCAACGCAAUGCUGACCGACGAUUGGUCGUUGGCGUCGCCGGAAACGUCGCCGAGACAGGGCGGCGACAGCACACUGUCCGCUCUUAGCGAAGGUGACUUAAGCGAUAGGGAAGCAAGCGGGGACAGCGGCGAUGGUGAUAGUACCGAGGCAACCGGUCAAUCAAAGCCGCGUAGUGUGCGCACGUUGAUUAAGUCCAGGCGGAAAGGAAUGCGCAUGGAGCAGAGGGAGAAGGCGAGAUUAAAGCGGUAUGCCAACCGGUCUUCAUCUCCCAACUCGUCACUAGACUCUCUCCUACUACUCACUCCCUCUCGCACCUCCGCGAAACCCGCGAAACGAUCAGCGAAAGCCCCGACGAAAGAGUUACCCGAAGCCAGCGAAGAGAAGGAGCUGACGUUCGAGGAGUUUCGCCGAGUGUCGAACGAUCCGAUCUUCGCCAUGUUCGAAUCCGCUGGUGGUAACUCGCGACUCCUCACAGCCGCGGAAGAAAUAGAAUACUCCAAGGGUGUCCAGGAGCUGCUGCGGCUCGAGCGAGCGCGAGACGCGGCGGAGAAGGCGCUGGGACGCGCGCCGACGAUGGCGGAGUGGGCUGAGGCGGCGGGGGUGUCGGUGGCGGAGGUGCGGCGGCGGGAGGCGCGCGGGCGCGAGUGCAAGAAGGCGAUGAUGGCGAGCAACAUGCGGCUGGUGAUCAGCGUCGCGAAGAAAUACUGCCGCGGGGGCGUCGGUUUGCAAGAGCUCAUCACGGAGGGGUGCAUGGGGUUGAUGAAGGGCAUAGAGCGCUUCGACCACAAGCGGGGCUUUAAGUUCUCCACGUACGCGCACUGGUGGAUCCGCCAGGCCAUCACGCGCUCUGUCGCCGAGCAGACCCGCACCGUGCGCCUCCCGGCGCACAUCUUAGAGCUGCUAUCGCGCAUCGCCAAAGCAAGGGACCUGCUGUGGGAGCAGCUGGGGCGGGUGCCGUCAGACAGCGAGCUGGCCAGCCUCGUGGGGCUCACCCCCUCCAAGCUGAGGGCGGCCGUGCGCAACGUGCGUGCGCCCUGCUCCAUGGACCGACCCAUUUCUUCUGACGGGGAGGAAACUCUUGGGGCAUUUGUGGAGGACUCGACAUUGGAGUGCCCAGAGGAGCGCAUGAUGCAGCAGCUGCUGAAGCGCGACCUGCAGCAGGUACUGGGCACACUCACGCCCCGGGAGAGGGAGGUGAUGUGGCACCGCUACGGGCUGGAUGACGGGCGAGCCAAGACCCUGGAGGAGCUGGGGGUGAUGUUCCGGGUGACCCGAGAGAGGAUUCGGCAGAUUGAGUCCAAGGCACUGUUGAAGCUGAGGCAGCCGGAGAGGGGCGGGGGGCUGAAGGGUUAUGUGGAUGGUUUGGCUGUUGUUGAAGCUUCAACCAUGCAUUCCGGCAACAGCCCGUUGAUGAGCAGCCCCCCCUGCGAUACGGGGCUCAAGGGGAAGGAGGAUUCGUCGCCGUGGUUGCCUGACGACAUCGAUAUCGACGCCAUCAUGUCAUACGACGACACGGACGACGCUUGCGACCCAAAGCCGUCGCCAGGCAGCAAUGACGUGCGUGCGAGCUGCUUGAGUAGCGGCCGUUGCGACCAGAUUCCCGCAAAAGCUGCUGACUCAACCGCCAAGGAUGAGAUCGCCAACCGUCGCACAGGCGAGAAGAUUGCGCCUUCCGUUAAGACGAUUUUGCCUGUUCCCUGCGACACGGCGACAAUAAUGCGAAGCUGCGACGCGAAUUCUCACGAGAGCAAGCGACAGCUUGUAGCGAUGCCGACAGUGCUUGCAGCGGGACAAUCUCAAAAGAGCGUGAUGUUCUGGGCGUCAGCAGCACUUGCGACAGUCGCAGGCGAGAAGAAUCGCCCAGGAGUCGCACAGGGAAGCAUCUUUCGCCAGUGUCAAAACCCCUGA